AUACACUUAAAGAAUAAACCUUGAUUGAAUUUAUAAUCAACUGGCCACUUUUUUUUUUUCACUCUAGUCACCAUGUGCCGCAUCUCCCUCGUCAAUGCACCAGAGCCUGUAUGUCUCCAUGGAGAUGGUCAGGUACAAGUUACUUUGGUUGUGCUGCGUGUAACCUGAAGCUGUGCUGUUACAUCGAAGCAGCCACGCCAUUGUGGACUGUCACCACAAAUGCUUGUCGGGAUCCAGCCCCUCACUUCAGAACUGAUUUGCCUUUUAAACUCAAAUUUAUGUCCCUCCACACCCAGAUCCGUGCCAGAUUGCUUCCCACUAUCUAACUCGACAUGUCGUCUCCGAAUCUUCUCAUCACUGGUGUGACCGGUUUCAUCGGCUUCAACGUCCUCACCACCGCACUUCAAGAAGGCUACACUGUCCGAGCCGCCGUACGCUCCAUUGAAAAAUCCAAGGCCAUUUCCUCGCACCCAAAGGUAUUGGCCUUGGGCGGGCACGACAAGCUCUCUUUCGUUGAGAUUCCUGAUAUCUGCCGCGAGGGCGCUUAUGAUGAGGCCCUCAAAGGAAUCAGCUAUAUCAUUCACCAGGCUUCGCCUCUCCCGUUGCCCUUCUUAGACCCCCAGACUGAGAUCUAUGAGCCGACCAUCAAAGGUGUAAGCACCAUUCUUCAGUCAGCCCUCAACGCCCCCACGGUAAAGAAAGUCGUCAUCACGUCUUCGUCCUUCGCCAACACCUUUCCGCCUGAUCCCACCAAGCAGGUUACCGCCGAAUCGCGAGUGCCCGACCUGCCGGGCCCUUUCGAUUCCGCUCUCCCUGCAUAUGGCGCAGGGAAGGUCGCGGCCCUGAACCUGACUGACAGAUUUGUCAAAGAAAAACAACCGUCCUUCGCUGUGGUGAACAUCUUCCCUGGAAUUGUCCUCGGGCGGGAUGACAGAGCUCUCAACGUUCAAGACCUCAGCGCAGGAACAAACAUGAUUCUGCUAGCAGUCAUUACAGGCCAGUCUGCAAGUUGGCCACUGACUUCGGGUGUAGCCGAUGUGUCGGAUGUCGCCAAAGCCCAUGUGCUGGCGUUAAAGGAGGAUGUCGUUAAGGAUAUCGGCGUCACAACUGCACAUCAAUUCAACGAUGCCUGGAACUUCGUAGAGAAGCAUUUCCCCAAGGCCGUAGCCGAUGGCAUAUUCACCCAGGGCGAUCAACCAACUGUACCUUCAUGCUGGGACGCUUAUAAAAACGAGCUUGACUUGGGGUCCAAUUACAAUACCUACGAAGACAUAGUGGUUAAUGUUGCUAGCCAGUACCUUGAGCUAUCUGGAAAAGAGAAGGCAUAGGUAGUGUUACAAGAUUCUAUUUGGUGUUAUAUAGAGUAUUUAACCCUUUAUUUAAUGUAUACACUUAUAUAUUGAA